AUGGCUACACUGUGGCUGCUGAGUCUGUUGACCAUGGUGCUUGGCUUGGCCAUAGCUGGUCCUGUGCCUCCUUCCAAGCCCACUUCAGCCAGAACAGGCUGUCACAUUGGCAUUUUCCAGUCUGUGUCACAAUGGGAGCUCGGAGUCUUCAAGAAAGUCAAGGAUGCUUUGGAAGAAUUGCUGCUACAGAAGGACAUCCGGUGUAGCACCAACCCCUUUCCCAGGAGCCGGAAACUGGGCCAGCUGCAGGCCCAGGAGCGCCCCAAGGCCUUGCAGGCUGAGCUGGCCCUGACACUGAAGGUCCUAGAGAGCAUGACUGACUCAGCCCUGGUUCCCAUCCUGGAACAGCCUCUUCACACCCUGCGCCACAUCCACUCACAGCUGCAGGCCUGUACACAGCCUCAGCCCACAGCAGAGCCCAGGCCUCUGAGCCGCCGCCUCUCACGCUGGCUGCACAGGCUCCAGGAGGCCCAGAGGAAGGAGACCCCCGGCUGCCUGGAGGCCUCUGUCACUUUCAACCUCUUCCGCCUGCUCACCCGGGACCUGAAGUGUGUGGCCAGUGGAGAUCAGUGUGUCUGA